AUGGAAACUUUUAAGCGGUCACGAGAGAGAUUUGAGGCUGUGCGUUCUGGUCGAGGACGACAGACCGGAUCCACGAUGGCCACGCCAUCAGCACAGCCAUCAGGAGGCAGCAUUUCCAUUCCCGAGACACAACCAUCUGUCCCACAACAACUCGAUAUUGACUCGUUGCUGUGGCAGCCUGGCCGAAGCCAUUGUGUUUGUCUUUCCCCAGACUUUGAACGUAACACAACUUGGUUCGGGUUAAAGAAUGAUAUCACGAAUACUAUAACUACGAUGCUUUAUAACCAACUUACAAAGGGGUACUACACGUAUUCCAACCUUCUGAUCGAGACACAGGACUUGUGGUUUGCCACUUCUGCGCAAGUGUUUACAUGGGAACCAUCAAUCACGGCAAAGGUGCGCAUUGCCUUUGACAAACAGGCGAGAACCUCUUUUAGCGGCCACUGUACGAGUGGGGGCAAAGUACUUUAUUGGCAAUUGGAAUCGACCAUGUCCACUUCCGAGACAAACUCAAAGAACCAUAAGAGCGAGCGAGACGGAAAAGGGAUUGCGACUCAUAAUUUGGAAGCGAAGUCACCUCAACGUGUAGCAUAUGAAAUGGUAAUUGCUUAUGAAAUGGUUAUUCAAAUUCUUUCCUAA